AUGCAGGACGAGCUCGCCCGUCCACCUGGCCCUCACCUGGAUCUCGCGGCGUACCCUACAGCGACGCUGCUCAGGCUGAUUGCGAACCUGCUACAGCAGAUCGCAGCGGCCAAUGACCAGCUCCGUCCGGAAGCGGAGGAGGUGGAGGACGAGUCUCAUUCGUCUCGGAGUGGAAGUCGGGCGAGCUCUGCAGCACCCCACGGUACCGGCGGACCAUUACCCUCUCCGACUGCCGCACUCUUCAGCGAGCGGGAUAAUCCACAUAAUACUCCCCGCGGGGGAGGCGGUAUAGACCCUUCGUCGCCACUCCCACUCUUCACUGCGUCCCGCACGUCGCUCGUACACCCUUCUUCACUCCUAUCCUUUCACGCCCGACACGUCCCCUCCAUAUCUAUCGAAGCGUACCUGCUACGUAUCCUCAAAUACUGCCCUACGACGAAUGAAGUCUUCCUCAGUCUUCUGGUGUACUUUGAUAGGAUGUCGAGGUUGGGCACGGCGUCCGGGGUGGGAGCAGGGCUGGUGGGAAAGAAUGGGAAGGGGUUUGCGAUUGAUAGUUUCAAUGUGCACCGGUUGGUCAUUGCGGGAGUGACGGUAGCGAGCAAGUUCUUCUCAGACGUGUUCUAUACCAACUCGCGCUAUGCCAAAGUCGGCGGUCUACCACCACACGAGCUGAAUCAGCUCGAACUCCAAUUCCUCCUCCUCAACGACUUCCGGCUCGCUAUUCCUACGGACGAGAUGCAGCGAUAUGGCGACCGGCUGUUGAGCUAC